AAAGUAAGUGAGAGAGAGACUCCACUUGAAGAAAAGACUCCACACUCAAUUGCGCCCCCCUCCGUGGAGUGAGACAGAAUACACAGUGCGAGGAAGUAAAGCGCACAAAUGUGUGCUGGGAGAUCGUGAUCGAGUUUGGGUAUAUAAUGCUAGCCUGCCCGAUGGUUCCUCACAGUUCACUAACAGUCCUAGACUCCAACGAAUCUAGGAGGUUACAACCAAGAGCAGUUUUUCUCAACGACUACAAGGGACCGAGGACUUAAACUUAAACAUCAUGAAGGCAUUUAUUGUGGCAACUCUCUUCGUUGUGGCGUGCACAGCCACCCCAUAUGCUGGUCUGUCAUCUCAGUACCACACUCAGGAUGGCCAUGGCAACUACGCCUACGGCUAUGCUGACCCCAACUCCCAGAAGCAUGAGGAAUCCUCCCAUGGCUUCACCCGUGGUGCUUAUAGCUACGUCGAUGGACACGGUAUCCUCCAGUCCGUCCACUACUCCGCUGAUCCUCACAAUGGUUUCCAGGUUGCCGCCACCAAUUUGCCAAAGGGACCAGCUCCUGCCCUCGUUGCCGCCCCUGCCGUGUACCACGCUGCCGCUCCUAUCCACUACGCUGCGCACUAUGGCCCAUGGGCUCACGCAGGACUCGGCUACCAGGGUGGUCCACUUGAGACCCCAGAGGUUCAACACGCCAAGGCUGCCCACUUUGCCGCUCACGCUGCCGCCAGCCAUGGUCUCCACCAUCUGUACAAGCGCUCUGCUGCAUGGGGUGGCUACCAUGUGCCCGUGAUCCACAAUGGCGUCCCCGUUGAAACACCCGAAGUCCAGCACGCUAAGGCUGCCCACUUUGCCGCUCACGCCAAAGUCGGUGGACACCACUACAUCGCUGCUGCCGCUCAUCACAGCUACGCUCCCCUCGCUCCCAAUGGCGUUGUCCUCGACACCCCCGAAAUCACCGCCGCCAAGGCUGCCCACUUCGCCGCUCACGCCGCCGCCGGUGGACACGCUUACGCUCCCGCCCACUAUGCUGUUCACCACCAAGCUGGACCCGUAGACACACCCGAAGUUGCUCAUGCCAAGGCCGCUCACUUCGCCGCCGUUGCUGAGGCCCAAAGUAAGGCUGGAUACAGCCAUCACGAUGAUGGUCACUACGAUGGUCGCUAUGAUGGUCACUACGACGAUGGACACUACGACGGUCGCUACGACGGACACCACGGUGCCUGGACGCACGCUGUUGCUGCCCACCAUGUGCCCGUGAUCCACAAUGGAGUCCCCGUUGAGACACCCGAGGUGCAACACGCCAAGGCUGCGCACGCUGCCGCGCACGCCGAAGCCUCCGCCCGCGCAUACCACUACUAAAGCGUCGCGGUGGACCUCACCACUGCAUUCUCCGAGCUGUCGGACGAAGAGUUUCCACCUGGCGCUGGGAAGCUUCGCCACCAAAAAUUCUAAGAUGAAAGAACCAAUUUAAAAAAAUAAAACUGCCGAAUUUUACCAUCUUUUCGAGAAAAAAAAACUUGCCCUUUCAUUGUCAAAAAACCUACGUCGACCCGAACGCUCUGCCCUUGGACACACCUCAUUUUCAUCUAUAAUCUACAUAAUUUUCCACACCUGCAUUUUCUCACAUAUAAUUUAUCACUAGUUGGUCCUUUUUUUUCAAAAGCAUCCCUGGCGGAUUUUUACAUACAUAUGCUUUUAAAUUAAAAGGACACUGCGAGGUGGAACAUACCUCCAACAAUUUAAUGUACAUACACUAUACAUAAAAUACAUAACUACAUAUAUGAUGUAGAUCAGCCCACCAUGCAGUGCUUUUUGCAUUGUCAUGAGGAAGCUGACGACAAGAAAGAUCUAUUAAAAGAUACAAAAAGCUUAGCAAUAAAGAGAAAAAACUCAUGCUGAA